UGUUUCCAUAUGACCAGGCUUUCAUUCACACAGCGGGGUCCAUACACAUGCUGCUGCCGCCGCGGUCCCUCUGCGGAAUAAGUACUGGAUCCUGACAGAGAGACAAAGGAGAGAGAGAGAGAGAGAGAGAGGAAGAGAGGGAGAGAGAGAGAGAGAGAGAGAGAGAGAGAGAGAGCGCAGAUGAAAGAGUGUUAUCAGCGGCAGAAGGAGAGGGGAGCGCACACUCAGGAGAGGAGGGGGGUUUCAAUCUGUUGGAUCAUAAUCAUUGAGAAGUUUCUAAACAUGCACCUUCUGGGAAUAUCUCUGUUAUUGGCAUAUCUGCUCUACACCAACCUCGCCAGCGACUUCAGCCACAGCGACUACUAUGAUUACUACGAGCAGGAGCAGAUGGACGAGCCGGACUCUUCACCAAAGCCAGACAUGGAGCAGAAAUUGCGUUCAGCCUCCAGUGUUGAUGAACUGAUGAGUCUCAUCUAUCCUUCAUACUGGGCUGCUCUGAAAUGCAGAUCAAAACUUUCUGCUGCUGCAGCCUCCUCAUCCUCCAAGCCCUCUCAGCAGGCUCAGCCUCGCAGACUGAGGCCACUGGCUGAUACAGAAGAGCCAACAUUUGCUGCUGCCUACCUCAACUUGGAUGUCCUGAAAAGUAUAGAGUCAGAGUGGAGGAAGACUCAGUGCAUGCCCAGGGAAGUGUGUGUCGACGUGGGCAGGGAGUUCGGGGCUCCCACCAACAUCUUCUAUAAACCACCAUGUGUGUCCGUCUACAGAUGUGGAGGAUGCUGCCACUCUGAAGACAAACAAUGCAGGAAUAUCUCCACUGGUUACCUCAGCAAAACUCUGUUUGAGAUCACAGUACCGAUCACCCAAGGCACCAAGCCGGUGACAAUCAGUGUGGCCAACCACACCCAGUGCAGCUGUCUGUCCAAACUGGACGUCUACAAACAAGUUCAUAGCAUCAUCAGGAGAGCCCUGCCUGAGUGUCCAAUAGCAAACAGAACAUGUCCUCAUGGUCAGACUUGGAGCAGCAGGCACUGUCGGUGUGUCAGCCUGACCGCCAAUAUGCACCACAACCCCCCUCCUCCACCACUGCCCCCUCAAAAGCCCUCCCAACAGCAUCUUGACAUAUUAUCAGCAGAUGUGUGUGGCCCAGAUAAGGAGCUGGACAUGGAAACCUGUCAGUGUGUGUGUCGGGAUCAAACUCAAGACUGUGGCCCUAACCGACACCUGGACCUUAACACCUGCCAGUGCAUUUGCAACAUCCCGCCUGUUCUGUCCUGUCCACUGAACUACAUCUUCAAUAAGGAGACCUGUCAGUGCAUGUGCAGCAAGACGUGUCCAAGGCACCAGCCCCUCAAUAAAACAAAGUGUUCAUGCGAGUGUAAUGAGUCGCCCAAUAAGUGCUUCCUCAAAGGAAGGAGGUUUCAUCAAGCCACAUGCAGUUGUCUCAGGCCUCCCUGUGAGGUAAGGAGGCGAAGGUGUGAACCAGGAUUCUCCUUCAGUGAGGAAGUGUGUCGCUGUGUACCAUCCCACUGGAGACGGCUCGACUAACCACUGAAUAAUCACGUGCUAACAAGAUGCUAAUGAACAGAUAACAAACUUAACAAGUAGAAUUUAUCAUCCAUCCCCCGUAGACCUGCUGCUCAUGAGUAUCCCCAUCGGCUGCAGCAGCAGCUAAGUGUGCGGACCCUGAUGAACGUGGGAAAACCUUAGUGAUUGGAGUGCAGAUAUGGGAAACUCUGGUGAUUUUAAGAUGGGACAUGCACUGAUUGGACUAUGAAGACGUUUUAUGGGAGAGUGGCUUAUUAGAGCCCAGAAACAGAAGGAAGGACUGAAAGAGAGAGAGGGAGAGAGAGAGAGACAGAGAGAGACAGAGAGAGAGAGAGAGAGAGUCCACAUUCAACAUUUUAAAAUAUUGUCUAAAUAAUUUGUUUUAAAAUAUUUUGUAUUAAUUAUGUCUCGUAUUCUUCUGUCAGAUAUUGAUUAUAUAAUUUAUUAAAUGUUAUUUUUAAACCUCUGUUUAUUGCAAUUUCAAUCUUUUUCUAUGAAAAUACACUGUGAUCAAUUUUUUUUUAUAUCAUGUAUAGUAUAUGUGUAAAAUAAAGUAUACUGGACAUUGUAUGCUGUAAACUCUGUUCUGGUGCAUGUUAUAUUGUGGUAGAAUCUCACGGUAAAUGCCAAAGGUAAAACUGUGUGAUGACUCCAUUGUGUACUUUUAGAAACACUCAGGGUCUUCUUUUGUUCAGUUCAUCCAUAUUUAUGAAACUCAUCAUGAAUAGUUUUUAUACGUGAGAGAUGAAAAUAGAAAAAUAUUAAAGACAACUUAAAUUAAAAAUUGAUAGCUGUGGCAUGAUGAGACCACUGAUGGUAUAAAGACAGGAGAACAUUUGCAUGGUGUCAUCAACAGGUUUUUGAAGAGCCACUUUGAAGCUUAGAAUAUCUGGCUCUGGCUGCCGCCAUGUUGACAGUCCUGCUUCUUCCACCUCCCCUCUAAUCUAAAAAUCGGCAAAAACCUGGAUUAUUGGCAGACCUGGGACUGACCGAAUGACGCCUGUGCGCUCAAACAAGCCAUCUGUACCAGGCUGUAACAUGUUUAUUUCUGCUGUGAAUUUGGACAUUUCAAUAUGGGCACUUAUGGAAACGUUAUGUAGCCAGCUUCAAGUGGCCAUUUGAAGAAAUGCAGUUUUUGGUAGUUCCACAUGGGCUUUACUUCACAGCCACAGAGGUUACCGCUUAGAUGAGAUUCAUCAUCUCACCUCCAGUAUCAUCCCCCACCCCACUCCCCAAGUUUUAAUGAUAAGUAUUACUUUCUUGUUAUGUCAUUUCCUGUGCCACAAGACAACAAUUCAAUGAUAGAUAGUCAGAAAUAAUGGUGCACUGUUAUAUGUUACAUGUUUGUCACUCUGAAGAAGAACUGACAGCAGUUUGUAACCACACUUUGGUGUUCUUUCUUUUCACUUCCAUGUUCUUGAUCUGUAUGCUAAAGUCAACUUGAUGUAAUAUGAUCAUGUCAACAGGGUAUUCUAAUGAGAUGUCCAUAGUGAUCACUACUUGUAUCUAAGAGACACUGUUUUGGAUUUGGAAUAAAUAUUUUACAUCAGGUUAUUCUUUAGAAUGAAGAAAUCCAUCCUCUACAGCAGCAGGUUU